AUGAGCGAGGGAGCAGUCGAAGAAUUGGAGAGAAAGAUGCUUAGCUCAGCAGAGGCUGGAAAGUUCGAGGAGGCUGCAAAGCACAACAAGCAGUUGCUUUCGGCUCAGCUAGAUGACGAGGGGAGCGUACUGACAGCAAAUGUCAAGUUCUAUGAAGCGUUCAACAAGCGAAAUCUUCCCGCUAUGAAGAAGUGCUGGUACAAUGUGCCGUUUGCACAAUGCAUCCACCCUUACGAUGAGGAUGGCCAUCAACACACAGGCUACACUGACAUUUGCUCUUCCUUCGAGAGGGUUUUCAAGGAGUCCAAGAUGCAGACCCAGGUGUCCUUCGACAAAGUGAAGGUCAACGUGCGGGGUGGUACUGCGAUCGUGACCUGCCUGGAACGGCUCGUGGGCAAGAACUACAGGAUCACCCUGCGUGUCAGCCACAUCUUCCGGAAGAGUGCUGAUGACCGCUGGAAGAUGCUGCACAGGCAUGCGAGCAAACCGCCAGGAGAGAGUUCCGGCCUGGAAGCAGACGAGGAGAGCUUUCAGCAGUUUCAAAAGGUGAUGCGCGCCGCGCAGAACCUGGGCCUGGGUGGCAAUUCGAUCGUCAUCCGGGCACCUUUCUUCACGCCGGAGCAUGAGGGCGAGGACGACGGUCCCUUCGGCAUCGGUGGCAACAUGACCCCGGUACCAGUUGAGCAGGAUGACGAUCUGGAUGAAGGCUCGGAUUCGGACUCUGACUUGGAAAACGAGCUCUAUGUUGAUCCUGACGAAGACGAAGUGUACGAUGCUCGAGAGGCCAUUGGUGGCCUGAGGAAGCUCGAAAUCGAGGGCGUGCUAACAAGGGAGGAGAAGGUCCUCCUCCUGGCCGAGAUGAGUGACAACCCGAAGGAAAACAUGGCUGAGCGAGCUUAUACGCUUCUUCUCCGCGACGUAAACCCAGAGGACUACGAAGCUGCAUGGCAGGAUUUCGCGGAUUUGCUCUCCCUACAGGUCAAGCGACUGGACAAGGGUAAGUCAGGACGAAAACGGCAGGCAAAAGAAGGCGUCCCAGACAAAUCCUGA